GGUAUACGACGUUGAGGUCAUGUAAUGCUACAUGACGUCUGUCGAGUGCGACACCAAAUCGGCAGACUCACGAAAACAAACAGAUGUCCACGCUUUUACGUUCUUAAAAACAUGACUUCAAUGACGGCUAUUAUUACUGAGGCUCUCAACAUCCUUAUCAAACCUGUAUUAGAGUCUUCUUCAAGCUCCGUUCCAUCAACAGCACAUGAUGCUCUGCUGCGAAAACUGCAACACAACCUGUCUGUCUCGCAGGAAAAGUUCCAGACAGACCCUAUGUACAGAGAAGUGAGCAGCCUGAGACAGCAGGUCAAGGCUGGGUCAGAGUGGUCCGAGGAAACCAAAGACGUCGCUUGGAAUUUCGUAACAGAAAUCCUUGUGCUCCUGACCUGUCUGAAGCAAUGCAUGGCAGCUCUCUUGGGUUCGUUCAGCCCAGCUGAACCCAACCUGAAGACCCCAGAGGCAGCGCCUGCCCUCCCCCCUGACGUUCUGAGCAUUGCCCAGCAGAAGGUGGUUCAGUCCGCCCUGCAGUUUGUGGUCACCCUUGGGAUCUGCCCCUAUCUCCUGCCCGGGGUAGGAAUCCCUCUGAAGCGCAGGUCUGAAUUCGGGGCCAUGGUUGAGAGCGUUUCAGGUGGUACACCCCCUUAUGGAAUACGCAGAUUGUUCAUCAGCUGCACGGUCCUUUUAGGAGUCGCGGAGCACGCCUCCUUGGGCAGCAUGGUUCUGACUCGCCAUCUGGGGGACAUCCUGGCAGGGCUGUGCCAGCUGGGGCACUGCCCAAAUCGAUCAAAAGCAGGGCAGCCAACCAUCACUGAUAAUACAAAGAUUCUCAGUGUGGAGGAGCGCACCGGCUGUAAGAAGGCAUUACAGAGCCUGCUGGGUAAAGUCUACCAGCCGAUCAUAAUCCGAGAACUGCUUAUACUGCAGGGAGGACCAAAACAGGUGAAAGCGUCUGCAGGGAGCUGCUCCCGACAGCCUCUAGCCCAGGCCCCACCCUGGCUCAGGCGCCUGUGUGGGCAGCUGCUCUCAGAGAGGCUGAUGCAGCCAAAUGGAGUUCAGGCUGUAGUCAGGGGGAUUUUGGAAGGAGCUGGAGCUGGGGCAGCAGGAGGUCAGGAUGCUGAAGCUGCUGCUGCUGAUUGGAGGAAAUGUGACUCUAUUGCACGGAUACUGGCCUCGUGUCCCCAGCAGUCCCUUUCAUUGGUUGAUUAUUACAGGAGGGUGUGUCCUCAGGUGCUGGAUUUGCUGCACAUCAGAGACAGGCUGACGGCUCGGCAGUUUCAGCGUGUUGCCACCACCACUGUGCUCACCCUGGUGCAGGAGCAGCCAGAGCUUGCUGAGAAGUACCUGCUUGCCCCAUUACUGAGCCCUCUCACCCGAUGCCUGGGCACUGGAGAUCAUAAACUGAGUCCUGGGUCCAUUACUGUUGAAGAAAGUGAUCUUAGUCAAUGUAUAGAGGACAUUUAUAAGGUCUGUGUUGUCGGGAAUAACCCUGGUCCGGCAUUGUUAAACUCCCUUGGAAAUGUAAUUCAAGUCAUCUUUUGCCUCUUCUGUUUUACCAAACAAAACGUCUCGCAUUUACGAUCUGCCUGUCAGGAGAUACUGCUUUGGUUCUUGCUGCAGGCCGACCCUCCGCAGGCAGUUACUGCCCUGAAACACAUCUCCGGUCUGAGUGUGCAGACUGAAGGAAUAUCUCCUGAUCAUCACUUCUCACCUGGCAGUGAGGGGGGAGCAGUGUUCACUGUGAGAGAACCCACAUGCGAUGCAGACGAUGCCUUGUAUGAGAAGGUUUCCUCAGAGCAGUGGGCUGUUGAGUGCUUUGUGGACUUGCUUUCUAACCUAAAGGAGAAUCGCCUAUCUGGAGAUUUCUUCAUUCACUUACUCAAGGGUCUGACAGGUAUGGCAGUGGAGGGGGAGCAGGAGGGUGAAGAACCUCAGCCGCUGACUAGCAUGAGUUUCCUGGAGCUGGAGCAGCAUCGAAUCCAGCAGGCUACGAGGCAGGAAGAAAGGCUGUUGACAUUACAGCUGCUAGCAGCAAUGUGUGAGAAGCUCUCGCACACUCUGCUUCAUAACCCAGUCCAGGUGAUUGAGUUCAUCUGUGCCAUGCUGAAGCGCGCCUGUGUCAGUCUGGAUCAGGGUGUGGAAGGAAUAGUGGAGGCACAGACACUCAGCAUGGGAAUGGGACUCGUGGCUACCAUGUUAGUUGGGGCAGCCAAGCUGCAGUCAGAAGAUUAUGCUGCAAUGAAGGAGCUCUUGCCUCUUUUAGACCAAAUAUCCCAACGGCACCCUGAACAACUUAUCCAAGAACUGGCCUCGGAUUUACACAUCUCCAUUGCCACUCACGGAGCGUUCACCACUGAGACUGUGGCCAAGGCAGCUCGCAACACAGCGGGGAAAGAGGAACUGAUCCCAGAGAGACCGUCUGAAAACACUGCGUCCAAAACGACUGAGAAAACAAAGAGAAGAAACAGUGACAAGACACCAAAGAAGAAUCCAAAUGUGCCAGGCACUGCUGUGACGAGUCAGAUGGACACUGCACACUGUAAAAACACAGGCCCAGUUUCACAUCCCGUGGCUCAAAGCAGCAGCAGAGGAGGUCCACAUGCUGAUCCUGCAGAGGCCGGGAGACUGCUGUCUGAAUGCCUUCUUGAAGCGGUAGACCCUGAAGUUCCUACAAGAGCAGCUGCCUUAAGAACACUGACUCGUAUGGUUCAGAAUAGAAACGCUGAGGCGCUGCACAACCAGGACAAACUAUUAACACUAUUUCUGGAGAAUCUAGAGCACAGCGACUCGUUUGUGUAUUUAUCUGCCAUUCAAGGUCUCGCUGUGCUCUCGGAUGUGUUUCCUGAGCAGAUCUUGCUGCGGCUGCUGAAGGAGUUUGAGGAAAGUCCUAAAGAGAUGAAGAAACCCCAUUCCCUUGAGACCAGGCUUAAAACGGGAGAGGCGCUGAUGAGAGCAACCAGGGCACUGGGGGACCUGGCCCCUCGAUUUGGGACACCUCUCAUCCACGCUUUCCUGAGAGGAACCAGAGACAGCGACAGCACCGUGAGAGCCAGCAGCCUGUCUAACCUUGGGGAGCUGUGCCAGAGAUUGCACUUCGCACUGGGGGCGGUGGUACAUGAGCUGAGUUCUUGUCUGACAGCCCUUAUAAAAACUGACAGUGAAGCAGAGGUGCGCAGAGCAGCAGUUCACGUCAUUGCUCUUCUACUGCGUGGACUGAGUGACAACGCCACACAGGUCGAGUUUCUAAUAUCCAACAGCAAUAGUUGUGAAAGUGAUUCAUGUAAGGAAGAAGGAGGGCAAGAGAGAACAGGUUCUGAAUGGUGCUCAGUGACGUGCUGCGGGAUCUGUACCGUGUCCUCAAGCAUGUGGUGCAGCACGACCGCGAUGAUGUCACCGUGCUCCACGCCCAGCUGGCGCUGGAGGAGCUUGAUGAUGUCAUGCGGCGCUACAUCUUCCCGGCGCAGAAACUCGAGAAAAAGAUCGUGGUUCUUCCUUAGAACCUGCCGUUUCUACACAACGCUGUAUUGUAUAAUGCUUGUAAUAUGUUUCUCCUUAUUUGAAACUUCUAUAAAAUGCCUUGAACUGCGAGUUUGCUGUUAAUUCUUUAACUACCGUCACAGGGGAUCGCCCAAGUUGGUUGUGGGGUAGAGAAGGGGUUUUAUUUAGUUUUCGCUUGGCUGCCGUACUGCAAGUGUGGUGUGCUUAACCUUAAAUACAGUACAUUGUUGUGUUAAAGACAGGCUUUGUUUUAAUAACCACAAUACAUGAUUGUAUGCUGGUGUAGACAAGGAGACUACUAUAGUCGGAGUUGUUCCAGAGUGAAUGGUUGACAGAUUGUUUUGUUACAAAAGUAAAAAUUCUCACGUUUACAGCAAGCAAAUACAGUAGAAAUAAAGAAGACAGAACAUUUUAAUAGUUUCUUUAUAAAAAUUAAAAAAAUUACAAGUAAGUAAAAAUCCCAAAACGGUGAAAAAAUACAUAGACCAUGUUUCAUUUAAAUUUUGAAGCUUUUUUCUCAUGAUGCAAUUUCAGUUACAUUACAAAGUGAGGUCUGAUUUUUGAAGCACUUCAACCGUACUGAUAAUGGCUGAUGUCAUGUCAUGAAUGGGGUUUGUUUGUAAAGUGUAGCAUGCAGCAGGCAAAACAGGAACUCUGGCUCAAUGCUUAUGAAAAAAAAUGUAUCUACCAUAGACACAGUUGAAUGAGAUAUUUCUAGUGUAUUUCUAGAGUCAUCCUCUCUUUUUUCUAUAUUAUGUUUAAUAAUUUGAAAUUAGUUUUUUUUUUCACAUACUUGUAUCACUGGAUGAUAUCUGCAGAGAAGCGAUCAAGAUAUUUUCUUCCUUAGGAUCAUUGGAAAAAAUACCAUUCAAAAAUCGAAUUUAUCUUUAUCAUAAUGUAUGUGUCUUUGAAAAAGUAAAAUGUGUGACCUAUGAAAUUCUGUUCUUGUUAGCAAAAUAAAAGUUACCUGUUUAUAAACCAUUUUCACACUUUCCCUGAUCAUUGUAAAGUUGAAGGUGUUAUUUUAAGCUUGUCGUAGAGACUUAUUUAUUCCCUAACAGAUGAGUCAGGAAAAUUCGAACUUCUCAGAGUUAGGGGGAAAGUCUUCUGAAAUAUAGAAGACCAAUUUAACCAAAAGCAUUACAAUUAAUACAAAUAUGGUAACCACUUUAUCCUGGAUAACCCUGCAGUUGAAGUUGGUUUGUUAUAUUUAAUUCAACUCUGUUGUGAGUGCAACUAUAGAGAAGGUAAUACAACU